AAUUACAAUUUAUAAAUAGCUUAUUCUCUUUUCAAAGAUAAUUUUAAGCGGGAAAUUAUACGUUUACUUUAUUGUAAUUAUUACAUUCGUUUUAUGUACAAAACAUCGGCAGAAUUCCUAUUUAAACAUUACAAAUUACUAUAAAUUCUAAUACUGGAAUAGUAUUGUUUGAAAAUGUCAACUCUUAAAAAGUCUGCAAAAUCUAAGUUCAUAUCAGAAGAUUUAAGUGAUUUUAUAAAUGAGUCUGAAUUUUUAAAUGAUUCUCCAAAAGCCAAGAAGCAACAAAAACGACAACGAACUGAAACUGUUCUAAAAGAUAAUCAAAAUCUAAGUCUCCAUGCAAGUGUCAUUAAAAAGAAAAAAAUAAAUGAAGGUGUUGAAGCAUGUGGAGAAUCACGACAAAAAAUAUUAAAUGUAAUGAGCCAACAGUUAGAAUCAAGAAAGCAAAUAAAUGAUAAUUUACUAAAAAGUUUGUCAGAAGUUCUUACUCACUUUGAGACUGAUUAUAAUGCCUUAAAAGAAAAUGAGCAAAAGAUAGAACACCUUACUGGAUCAUUUAUGAAAUGUAUACAACAAGCUACAGCUGCACACAAGCAAAAACUGAGAGCUUUUAAAGAAAUCCAUUCUACUUUUAAAAAAGAAUGUGAAGAAAUGGAAGCAGAACAAAAAGCUGAAGUGGAUAAACUAGGAGAUGAAUUGGAGGAGGAUAUAAAUAAGUUGAAACAAAAAUUGAUAUCAGAAACAAAGCGUAACGGAUGGGAAACAUUGCGGAGAUCUUUCCUUCAAGCUAUGCAGAAUGAUUUUUAAAGUUUCUUU